AUGGCUGCAUUGGUGGGACCCGAGACCCUCAUUGCUAUCAAGCUCAACUACGAAGGCGCCAAUAGGCGUUUCAAGCUUCCCCUGAAAGACCUUGGAGCUUACACCUUCCCUCAGAAAAUUCGUCAAAUUCUCUGCCUACCAACCGAUUCCAACUUCACCCUCGAACGUUAUUCCGACAGUGCCGCAAAAUGGAUAGUUUUAGACAGCGAGAAUCCUGCCAUCUACAAACAGCUUUAUCGAGCUGCCAAGGCCAAAACUAAGCUUCGAAUUAAGUUGACCGAAGAUAAGCAUGAGCCUGAGCCAGAACAAAAGCCAGCACUAGAGUCAUUCAGCGAGAGCACGGUUUCUCCAGCGUCCCGCGGAAGCUAUCUGAACACUGUGCUGAAUGAUCCCGUGCCAGCCAGAGAUGGCACUCGACCUCGUAUUGCCAAGAGACAAGCUCCGCAGAUGAACGAUAUCGGGGAGCUGCCGCAGCUUCAGUUAGCUGAACCCAAUGCAUGGAUCAUCGAUACCUCGGUUCCGUCGAAGACAAGGGAUAACCCGACGUUCUACAUUGACUGUAACAACUGUGGGGACUCUAUUCCUAACGCUCAUUGGCAUUGCAGCAUCUGUGAUAAUGGCGACUAUGACUUAUGCCAAAAAUGUAUCGAUGAUGGCGUUCUCUGCCCAGGUGAGGAUCACUGGCUCAUCAAGCGCAGUGUGGUCGACGGUGCCGUCGUAAAUAGCACUACCGAGACUAUUGCCCCCAAAGCUCAGGAACAACCUACAGAAGACAGUACGGAGGAAGGUUCGCUUGAAACAGUCGAGGAAGAACCUGAAGUUGAACAAGAUGAGCAGGAACCUGAGAUGGCAAUGCGUACAUGCAAUACUUGUUUCCAAGACUAUGAUGAGGCAGAGCUUGUCACUUGCUUCGACUGCAAUGACUAUGAUCUUUGUUUCAGUUGCAUGGUCGAAAAUACUCACGGUCACCAUCCAGGCCAUAACUUUAAUUUCAUUCAGGAUGUUGGAACCUCAAACCUCAAGGACAAGCGAAUUUGUGGCGUGCGCCACAAAUGUCUUGAUUGCCCGGAUUACGAUUUGUGCUCCAAUUGCGUCGACUCUGCUCCAUCCAAGCACAUCGGCCAUCGGUUUGUUCCUCUGUAUAAGCCUAUUGCGAUCGCUCCUGGCGUUCAAGAAACCCAUUACGGUAUUUACUGUGACGGCCCGCUUUGUAAUGACCGCUGUUCAUUUAUCACGGGCAUUCGCUAUAAAUGCGCCAUUUGCCACGACACCGACUUUUGCUCUAAUUGCGAGGCUCACCCUGAGAACAAUCAUAACCACACACACCCUCUUUUGAAAUUUAAAACUGCAGUUCGGCAUGUUUCCAUCAGCACCGUGGGUGAAAAUGAGCAAGGCCAGCCGUUGCAGAGAAUGGGUGAUCGGUCCCUUGCCCCAACCAAGGCUGUGGGCGUUUCUCACGCUGCUACACAAGUGCAAAAAUCGAGCGACCUUCCAGCACCACCUUCUCCAGCAUCUUCCGCAACUAUCAAUGAAGAGAAGGAAAACCACGAGGCGGAGAAGAAUGAAACCCAGCCUUGGACAGCUUCAUUUUCUUCGCCAGAAUACUUGCAAGCACGGUUUGUGAAAGACAUCGUUGCAGAUGGGACUGAAUUCCUCCCCAAUACCGUGUUCAAGCAGACUUGGUAUCUUCAGAACUUUGGCCCGCGUCCAUGGCCUAGAGGUUGUAGUAUUCGAUUUGCUGGUGGUGAUGCAAUGUUCAACGUUGACACGGAUCAUCCCACUAGUACCAGCCAGCUUAUCUCCGCAAUGGAAAGCAAUGAACUUCCUCGGGACGUUAUGCCAAACGAAAUUGUCCCGUUUACCUUGACUUUGAAAACUCCAUGCCGCCUCGGUCGGGCUAUUUCGUACUGGCGCCUGAAGACCGCCGAUGGAAUUCCCUUUGGAGACCGAUUAUGGUGUGAUGUCGUUGUCCGAUCGGCAGUAUCCCAAAGCCGUGGUGACUCGGCGGAACAAGAAUUUGGCUCAGUGCAAGGUUAUUUUGAUGGUCAAGACGAAACCCAGGAGAAGAAUGGUGCGGAACCUCUUGCAGAGAGCGGGAUGGUGUUCCCAAAAUUAGAUAAGGAGUCCCCUGAGUCCAGCAUCGUAGAGACCCCGGAGCCGGCAUCAACCACUGCCAAGGAUGUGGAACACGACAUCGCUGAUGAUGUUGAAAGCCUGACAAUGGACGACGCUGACUCCGACGGCUUUCUUACUGAUGAAGAGUAUGACAUCUUGGAUGCCAGCGACGAGGAGUUUGCGACUGGGGCUCAAAAGCGUGAACAGAAAUAG